CCACCCCCUCCCCUUGACCCCAUUGAUGAACUUGUCGGGGACGUUUUGGGGCAAGACAGCGAGGUCAUCACGGGAUUUGAGGAGAUUAAUGACCUUGGACAUCAAAGGACUGUCGACAUUGAAGACGCAGCAGAGCCAGCAAGCCAGCUCUUCGUAGGUCAGGGAGGUGCUGAGGCACCAACAGUAAUAAUUGUGCCUGAGCCCACCCUGCAGCCACAGACUGAGGGGGGUGCCCGGGGGAAGGUGCCAGCUGAGGGGGAUGCAGCAGCUGCUCAAGCAAAGGUGGCAGCUGCUGAGGAGGAGGCUGUAGCUUCAAGAGCUACAGCAGCAGCUGCACAGGCUGGGGAGGAGGCUGCACGGGCCAUGAAGGCAGCCGCAGAGGAGGUGGCGGCUUGUGCUCGGGCCUUCACAGGAGCUGCGAGGGCGCAGGAGGCAGCUGUAAGGGCGCAGGAGGCAGCUGUAAGGGCGCAGGAGGCAGCUGCGAGGGCGCAGGAGGCAGCUGCGAGGGCGCAGGAGGCAGCUGCGAGGGCGCAGGAGGCAGCUGCGAGGGCGCAGGAGGCAGCUGCGAGGGCGCAGGAGGCAGCUGCGAGGGCGCAGGAGGCAGCUGCGAGGGCGCAGGAGGCAGCUGCGAGGGCGCAGGAGGCAGCUGCGAGGGCGCAGGAGGCAGCUGCGAGGGCGCAGGAGGCAGCUGUAAGGGCACAGGAGGCAGCUGCCAAAGAAAAAGCAGAAGCCAUGCGUCUUAAAUAA